AUGACUACAAAAAACCCUAAUGAUUUUUAUGGCUUUCAGAUGUUUCUGUUUCAGUCUAUUCCAUAUUCUUAAAUGUGUGUAUUAUACUAGGAACAUGAUGCCUAAUGCUAAGGAGACCACCCCAAGUGACUGGAAUGCUUCCCAGAGUGCAGAGUGUGACCCCAGAAAAGCAAAGGAACAUGAAGACAACCAUAGUGGAGACUUGCCUGACCUAUGUCCACCUGAAACUCCACCUUCCAGUCCUCCUCAAUUAUUUUCCAUGGCAGAGCUCAUGGAAACAGCAAAUGAAGUCUCAAAAAUGACCAUAGCACAUGAAAUUGUAGUAAAUCAGGACUUCAAACUGCAAGAGGUGAAUUUCCCACCAAACAGUUUGGAAAGCAGUGUAAAAGAGACACUGCACAAAGUCUUUUGGGACCGUCUGAGAGAACAGCUUUCCAGAAUGCCACCAGAUUAUUCCCAUGCUAUCAAACUACUUCAAGAAAUAAAAGAGAUCCUGCUGACCUUGCUUCUGCCCCGGCAGACUCGUUUGAAAAGUCAAAUUGAAGACGCUCUGGAUAUGGAGUUGAUAAAACAAGAGGCUGAGCAUGGGGCUUUGGACAUUGCUAACCUCACCACAUAUAUCCUAGGUACAAUGGCCAUGCUCUGUGCCCCUGUGCGAGAUGAAGAAAUUCAGAGACUGCGAGGCUUGACAGAUCCAGUUCAUCUGCUAAGGGAGAUCUUCCGAGUUUUGGAUUUGAUGAAAAUGGAUAUGGUAAAUUUUACCAUACAAACUCUUCGGCCUCAUCUCCAGGAGCACUCUGUCCAGUAUGAGAGGAAAAAAUUUCAAGAGCUCUUGAAUAAAUUACCAGCUGGCCUAGUGGUUACAACUGAGUGGCUGCAGAAGGCAGCAACUGAAGUAUCUUCUGAUUUGCAAUCCUCCUCAUCCAUCUCUGAGACCAGUGGGUCGCCUGCACCUACUUCCCCUGCAGCUGCUGGAGAAGUCUUGCUUAUCCAUAGUCCUACAGCUGUGUUAAACCAAGCAUACAUGGAUUUGCUGCAUUGGGAUCAUGGAAAAGAAGAAUAUCCUGAGACUAUGAUGAUGGACAAAGAUCGUUUGCAUGCUCUUCAGAAGGAAGUGAAUCAGCUAGCUAUUAUUGCUGCAGUUCUACUAGUGAGCAACGGCACAUGUGGAAAUGGGGUGUUUGGCUCAGCAGGUUGUGGAGAUAGGUUGAAACAGAUAACGAAAGCUUUGCUAGGAGCUCCUGGUGCAAGGUUAGAAGACACUUUAUUGGAUAUCAGUGGCCAAAUACAUCAGGAAGUGAACAGAACACUCCUCCAGUCGGGGUACCCUGUUCUUACUGGUGAUAAGGCUACUUUGCUGAAAGGUCAACUCAGAAGCCUUGCAGAUAAGGACAAUGCAGUACGGAUUUUAAUUGAACAACGGAUCAAAACCUUUCUUAGGCACUGUUUAUGUCAUGGUGGAAAAAACUGUACAACUCUACCCCAAGGACUUGCUCCCAUUCAGGAAGAGCUACUGGAAGUUGGCCAACGAUUCAGCAGUUUGAUUCAUUACAACAGGCAGGUUUUUGGUCCAUACUAUUCAGGAAUCUUGAAGAAAGUGCUGCUUCCAGAGGGAAGGCCUGGGACAGCUUCCUAAUAACCAUUUCAAAUGAGGGAGAGCACAUGAUGGCAGGAGGGGGAAGACUGGCAAUUGCUCAGGCUGUGCUUUUGGCUCCAAGUCCAGUGUAAUCAACAGAGCAGCUGCCUUGUUCUGUGUCCAAAGCACUUGUACAGCUGGACUAGAGAAGCUGCAGGGUACAGUUAAAUAAAUACCAACUGGCAAUGCCAAGUUUGCUGCAGUAAACCUUUGAACAUCUCAAAA